CAUCCACACGCUAUACCCUGUCCUUUUUCCCUGUCAGCCAAUAUCCAGUUGGGUUCAACGUGUUGCGAAAUGGCAUCACAAUCUGCAACUCUCGCAACGACCAUGACCAAGGAAAACACACUCCCACCCACACCUCCGGAAACCAUUGUCGACGGUGACGACGGGAAGAUUUCAGAGGAUGGGAAAGACGUUGUAGACUACCCACUUCCACCGCCAACAACCAUUCCAGACAAAGUCUUGGAUGUUGACAAACCAACCCCGGAUUCGCACGUACCUAGAGAUCCUCGAUUAAUCCGUUUGACGGGCGUUCAUCCGUUCAACGUUGAAGCGCCCUUGACGGAUUUGUUCAACGAAGGUUUUCUUACCAGCCCCGAACUGUUCUAUGUUCGGAAUCAUGGUGCUGUACCACAGGUUCAAGACGAAGAUAUACCGGAUUGGGAGUUCACAGUGGAAGGAAUGGUCGCAAACCCAAUCAAGAUCACAUUGAAAGAGUUGAUGUCAGAUUAUGAAAACGUCACAUACCCAGUAACCCUGGUUUGCGCUGGGAACAGGAGAAAAGAACAGAAUGUCGUGCGCAAGACCAAGGGGUUCUCGUGGGGGGCAGCCGGUCUGUCUACUGCUUUGUUCACAGGUGUGGUCAUGAAAGACAUCAUCGAGCGCGCCAAGCCUUUCAGAAAAGCAAAGUAUGUGUGCAUGGAAGGUGCAGAUAAGCUGCCUAACGGGUAUUACGGUACCUCUGUGAAACUCAACUGGGUCAUGGAUCCCAACCGCGGCAUUAUGCUUGCCCAUGGGAUGAACGGAGAAAUGCUUCGUCCAGAUCAUGGUCUCCCUCUAAGAGCAGUGAUACCUGGUCAGAUUGGCGGGCGAAGUGUAAAGUGGCUGAAGAAGCUCAUCGUCACUGCGGAGCCAAGCGACAACUGGUAUCACAUAUACGACAACAGGGUUCUACCCACUAUGGUCGAUCCAGAUGAGGCUACGAGAAACGAGAAUUGGUGGAAAGACGAACGUUACGCCAUAUACGAUCUGAGUCCAAACUCGGCAACCGCAUCUCCCGCUCACGACGAGAAAUUGGAUCUCAGCAAAGCUGCCGAGUAUUACACGGUAAGAGGGUAUGCUUACAGCGGAGGCGGGCGCCGGAUAACACGAGUUCAAAUAUCUCUCGAUCAAGGAAAACAUUGGCGAUUGGCCAAUAUUGAUUACGCAGAAGAUAAAUAUCGAGCUUACGAAGACCAUCAAAUAUUCAAGGGGCGACUAGAUAUGGACUGGCGGGAAGCGAGCUUCUGUUGGUGUUUUUGGGACCUUAAGAUUCUGGUAGAGGAACUCAAAGAUGCAAAAGAUAUUGUCGUAAGAGCCAUGGAUGAGAGCAUGUGUAUUCAGCCGAGAGACAUGUAUUGGUCAGUGUUGGGGAUGAUGAAUAACCCGUGGUACCGGAUUGCUAUACACAAGGAAGAAAACGAGCUUCGAUUCGAACAUCCCACACAACCAGCGCUCAUGCCUGGUGGUUGGAUGGAAAGGGUAAAGAAGGCCGGCGGAAACCUGACAAACGGUUAUUGGGGAGAGAACCUCGAGGGCGAGAAUGCAAGUGCUGUCGAGAUCGAAGAUCCGGUAGAGAUCAAGAUGACGAAAGACACUGUGAAGCGGGAAAUUUCGAUCGACGAGCUGCGGGAGCACAGUAAUGCGGAAGCUCCGUGGUUCGCACUCAAUGGGGAGGUGUACGAUGGCACUGCGUUCUUAGAAGGCCAUCCAGGAGGCGCACAGAGUAUCAUUUCAGCAGCUGGCCUAGAUAGCACAGACGAGUUCAUGGCGAUACACAGCGAAACCGCAAAAGCAAUGAUGCCAGACUACCACAUCGGCACCCUCUCUUCAUCAGCCCGCCUCGCCCUCGCCUCCCCAGAACCCCCAACAUCCCCCUCCUCACCAACGCCCGAAUUCCUCAACCCGCGUGUCUGGAAAAAAGCCCUCCUCCACUCCCGAACCUCCGUCUCUUGGGACACGCGCAUCUUCACCUUCUCGCUCGAACACGCCUCGCAAACCCUCGGUCUUCCCACAGGCCAACACCUCAUGAUCCGCCUCAAAGACCCCGUAACCCGCGAAUCCAUCAUCAGGUCCUACACGCCCAUCUCCAUGACCGACAAACAAGGCUUCUGCGACGUGCUGAUCAAAAUCUACGCCGACACGGCCUCGCGCGCGGGCGGCAAGAUGACAAAAGCACUCGACUCGAUCCCCGUAGGGCACUUUGUCGAAAUGAAGGGUCCCAUCGGGAAAUUCGAGUACCUAUCCAAAGGCAUGUGCAGCAUCAACGCCAAACCCCGCACCGUCAAACGCUUCUACAUGAUCUGCGGAGGCAGCGGCAUCACGCCCAUCUUCCAGGUCCUGCGCGCCGUCAUGCUCGAUAAAUCAGAUGCCACCACUUGCAUCGUCCUCAAUGGAAACCGCCUCCGAGAAGACGUGCUCUGCAAGGACGAGCUCGAUGUCUUUGCUGCUGAAAACGUCGAUAGGUGUACCAUUGUCCAUACGCUUACCCAGGCUCCGCAGGAUUGGCAGGGAAGGAGAGGCAGGAUCGACGAGGCGCUGCUGCGGGAGUGGUGUGGUGAGAGUAAAGAGGGGGGUGAGAGUUUGGUGCUGGUUUGUGGGCCCGAGGCGUUGGAGACGGCUGUGGGGAAGACGUUGAAGGGGAUGGGGUGGAGGGAUGAGGAUGUUUUGUUCUUUUAGACCCCCUUUUUUUUCCGUCUUUCUGGUCUCUUGAUGACCCCCUUUUUUCGGUUUGUUAGGUUUAGCGGUUUCGAAUCGAAUAGCAAACAGCGACGGCAACGAAGUGGGCAGUGUGUGUGUGUGUGUGUGGAUUGUUUCUUGGUGUUUUAGAGCUCUUCUUCGACUCUUUUUUUUUUUUGGGUAUCUUUUCUGUCGUGUUUAGAUACAUAUAUAGGUACAUCAUUCUACGUACAUGUAUAUAUUCUCUUUAUCUCUAUCAUCAACAACAUGCAUAUAUAUUGACAAUCCCUUAUCGCAAAAAGCCAAGCCUUCCCUUCCCUACAUACAGUAACUAUCUAGAAGAGGUUUAGCGUCGAUGACCCACAUGCGAUUCUUACUCUUUCCUUAUCGGCAUCCUUGUUACGUGGGAAAGCGUUUGAACGGACGAGGAUCUCCCCGGAGUAAGGAUGCGAUGGGCGAUAAUGAUGGUGAUGAUGCAGCAUCUCCGCGUUGCGUUGCGUCGUGUUGCGUGCGUUUAUGUCACUCCGCGGGCACCCCCCAGCACCACCAGCCCACAUAGAAGGGAGGACUUUGGCUAUCUUGCGCUGGGCUGGGCUACGCUGAGGUAAUAGGAUAUCGUUUGCGGUAACGCAGAGUAUCUCGAUCUCCCCCCUUUCCGGCCCC